AUGCUUAUUACAGAGACAUAUCACGACGUGACAACCUCUUAUGGGACCAAGCUUAGAAUUUACACAUUCACACCUAAGAUUGCAGGGUAUCCUCAUGCCAAGUUUCCUGGUGUGAUCUGCUAUAGUGAGAUUUAUCAAGUUACUGGGCCGGUCAGAAGAUUCGCACAGCGUAUUGCUGCCGACGGUUAUGUGGUUGUUGCCCCUGCUAUCUAUCAUAACUUUGUAGGACCAGAACCCUUAGCUUAUGAUGUUGAGGGUACCGACAUGGGCAAUGAGUUCAAGAUAAAGAAACCUUUGGAAUCAUACGACGAAGAUAACAAGCUUUGCUGCGACUAUUUGUACUCAUUGCCUCAAUUUGACGGCAAGAGAAUUGGUGCAACGGGUAUGUGCCUGGGGGGACAUCUAGCUUUCCGCAGUUUGCUUGACAAGCGAGUGACCUGUGCCACGUGCUUUUUCCCUACUGACAUCCACCUCAAGAGUCUGGGUUUGGGCCAAAAGGACGACUCGCUGGUGCGUGUCUCCAACGAAUGUACCAAGGACCAAGAGAUGGUUUUGAUAUUUGGAACACUAGACACACAUGUCAGUCCCGAGGGCAGAGAUCUGAUUCGUAAAGAACUUCGCGACCAUGGCGUGAACUUUACGUUUUUGGAGAUCCUUGCAGCUCAGCACGCUUUUAUCCGUGAUGAGUUCAGUAAGGGCAGAUAUGACGCCUCCAUCACUCAAAGUUGUCUCGGGUUCUUGUUCGAGCAAUUCAACAGAAAGUUGAAGACAGAUUUGGGAGAGUAUGUGCAGCUCGAAGAGAAAGUGCAACACGUUUGCUAA